GGAGAAACAUUAGGGGAGGGCUGAGGGUGAUGGAAGAAAGGAAGCUGAACCUGUGCCUGGCAGGAAGAAAGACUGGAAAGUGAGUGACAGCGGAGUGUGACCGUCUUUCAAAAGAAACAGUCUAGUUUUUUUGUCAUUUUUGUAAGAGAAGACAUCGGAAUACUUGAGGUCCAUUAUGUCCCAGUGAAGAUGAGCUGUAUUCCUGCCUCACACAGGUUUCAGUAAAGAUGCCAUUUUUGUAGCUUCUAUUCAUUGCUGAAGACUUGGAGCACAGAAGUUUGAGCACCAUUCUCAGCCAAGUGGAAUCUCAGAUGGAGGAGAGUCCAGUUGAGAGAAGAGGAAGCAAAGCCUACCAGAUCUUCCCUGAAGCCAACAUGAAUGAAGACUCAGAUUCCAGUUCCUAUCCUGAAGACUUUCUUUAUAGGAGGGAGCGUCUUCCCUCUAUAGUUGUGGAGCCCAUGGAGCACAGAGAGCCGGACAGCGGAGAUCCACACCGGCCUCCUCGAUGCCUAAUGAACAACAAUGUAGAGGAGGAGGAGGAGGGGGAGGACAGCAGUGCUGAGCACACAGACAGCCCUGUGGAAGGGGAGCAGCAGGACGACAUGGGGAUGGAAGAAGGCUUGGUUGCGAGGAAGUCUUCUAUUGGACCGUCCCAAAGUCAACUGUCCCUCUCUCGGCUGACCCCACCUGCCUCCCCCACCCCCCCUGAGGCUGCCCCACCCUGCCUGAGGAGCUGAGCCAGUACAACCAGUACGAACUGACAGCACUGUGUCACUUUUAUAAUGUGUAACCCCUGCAUGUUGGACUUUCCCAAUUAUAGAGAACCCCUUGGAAAGGUUUAGACAACUACACAUGUAUUUAAAUGUGUAGUGUAUUUGGACUAAAUAAGGUCCACCAAAUAACUAAUACUAAGCUGAUUCCAGUACUGCUUUUUGGAUUGAUAAUGUUUGAGUAACUGCUGCAGUUUGCUGCUACUUUAUGUGACACUGUGGGCAACCACAGAUUGUAGCAACAACCUUCAGGACUCUUUCCUUUGUGAUGCAAAUCUCAUCCCACAGCAAAUAAGCAUGUGAUGAAUGACUUUUAGGGACAAUUUACAAAAUAUUAGCAUGAAAG